UGCCUCAAAACAACCCCACAGAGUUCAUGGAUUCAGCCAUCUUCACGCUGCAUAACUACGCAUCCAGUCAGAGAGAGGAAUCUCUGCUGUUGCGGCUGUUGCAAACAGCAUUGCAGGAAGAGAUCAAUUUUGAGAUGCGCUCUUUCAACCGUGGUGCCCGUGGUCAGAACGCACUGAGGCAGAUCUUGGCCCCAGUUGUGAAGGAAAUAAUUGAGGACGAAUCGCUCAACGUCAGAACGGAUCCAGUGGAUAUUUACAAGUGCUGGGUGAACCAGAUGGGAUCUCAGAAUGGUGAGGCCGGCUUUCGCUCGUGGAAGCACAGAGCAAAGUGACAAGAAACAGCUGCGAGUUCAAGGAAUUGUCUACCUUGUUCUGAUCUCCUGCCAGGUACG